CGGACCAUCGUAUUCCUCUUAUGCCAAGGAACCUCAGACUGUGCGGGACGGUGCCGUCCUUCCAACAGAUAAGAGGUUCUCCUGUACCGAGUGCGGGAAGAGUUUCAAUUUUAAAUUCAAUCUUGAUGAGCAUAAAAGAGCUCACACAGUUGAGAAGCCACUUUCCUGUCCUGAGUGCGGGAAAUGUUUUUUUAAGAAAGCCCAUCUGUCCCAACAUCGGAAAUCUCAUGUAGAAGAAAAGCAGCAUUCUUGUCCUGAGUGCGGAAAAUGUUUUUUAAAGAAAUCCCAUCUUUCCCUACAUCAGAAAUCUCACACAGAAAAGAAGCUGUAUUCUUGUUCUGAGUGCGGGAAAUGUUUUGUCCAAAAAAUACAAUUUGUCACCCAUCAAAUGUCUCACACAGGAGAGAAGCCAUUUUCCUGUUCUGAGUGCGGGAAAUGUUUUUCAUCUAAGUCCUGUCUUUUUAUGCAUCGGAAAUUGCACACGGGGGAGAAGCCGUAUUCCUGUUCUGAAUGUGGGAAAUGUUUCGUAAAAAAAUCAGCCCUUGUCUCACAUCAAAGGUCUCACAUGGAGGAGAAGCCGUAUUCUUGUUCUGAGUGCGGGAAAUGUUUUUCUUCAAAGUCCUAUCUUUUCACACACCAGAGAUUGCACACGGGUGAGAACCUGCAUUCCUGUUCUGAAUGCGGGAAAUGCUUUGCAAAAAAAUCAGCCCUUGUCUCACAUCAGAGGUCUCACAUGGAGGUGAAACCAUUUCCCUGUUCUGUGUGCGGGAAAUGUUUUUCAUCGAAGUCCUAUCUUUUUAUACAUCAGAGAUUGCACACAGGUGAGAAACCGUAUUCCUGUUCUGAAUGCGGGAAAUGUUUCGUAAAAAAAUCAGCCCUUGUCUCACAUCAGAGGUCUCACAUGGGGGAAAAGCCGCAUUCUUGUUCUGAGUGCGGGAAAUGUUUUCUAGAAAAAUCACGACUUGUCCUACAUCAGAGAUCUCACACGGGUGAGAAGCCAUAUUUCUGUCCUGAGUGCGGGAAAUGUUUUUCUUGCAAGUCCAAUCUUUCUGCACAUCAGAAGUCUCACAUGGGAGAGAAGCCAUAUUUCUGUCCUGAGUGCGGGAAAAGUUUUUCCAGAAAGUCCUAUCUUUCCGCACAUCAGAGAUCUCACACGGGGGAGAAGCCAGUCAUGGAGACACACAUAAACCUCAGCACAAUCAUUGGUAAAAAUGGAAUUCUUCCAUUAGAUAUGCUUUUCUACGCACAGCCGACCUUCAGGAAGAUCUUCAAUAACAUCCUGACCACUGAGCAACCAGCAACUGUUCUGCAAUAUGGAAUAAAUGAUGCAGAGAGUGGAGACCUGAGAGAUCCUACAGUUGAUGCUCAAGAAGAGUCUAAAAAGAUGGAUGAGCAGUAUAAGAGUGCGAUGAAGGAGUUUUUUGAAGGAGACGCGGAUCUGUAUAAGGUUUUCAUGAUGGAGCCACAUAUGCUUUUCUACGCACAGCCGACCUUCAGGAAGAUCUUCAAUAACAUCCUGACCACUGAGCAACCAGCAACUGUUCUGCAAUAUGGCAUAAAUGAUGCAGAGGGUGAAGAUCUGAUGGAUAUUAAAGUCAAGUCUCUUCAUUGCCAGAAGAGUUCCGUGAACUCUGACAAAGGUCAGGCCGGUAUUUUGCCGCCACAUCGGCCUUAUGACUGCACAAUUGACCUUCAACCUGGUGCCAUUCCUCCUUGUGGCCUGGUUUACCCUCUGUCUGUCUCGGAGAACCUCAUAACAGCUGCCUUGUCCCCGAGAAUCCCCACACUGUUUUGCUCCAGACCUACCAUCCUCCUAAGGCAGCUGGGCACCCAGGGAACAAUUAACUCAUAUGGUCUACGUCUCAACAAUUGUGGUAGCCUAGUCUCCAUUCUGCUGUCACCGUCUUUGUAG